UUUACACACCUUUCUCCGCCUUCGAUAUUGCCUCGACCGUUGGUACUCCUCUUUUUUCCUUCGCACAUAUCAUCGCAACGCACACACAUAAGACGACACAUCGUCCCAUCCAUCCCAUACGUAGGGCCAACCGCAGCCAUGUCCGGACCAAACCCCCUCUCGAAUCAGCGGCAGCGCGACCGGCCCCAGGGAUCCCAGACCCAGGUCCAGACGGAGGCGCCCACGGGCUCCGGAACCCAGACCGGCACCGAAGCCCCGGCCCCGGCAGCCCCCGCCAUCCUGCGCCUGCGCGGCGCCCACCCUCCCUCCGACCACCGCGUCCAGUGGGCCGAGUCCGUCGUCGACAACGAAGGGUUAGGCCGGAAGCGAUCUAAAGUAUGCUGCAUAUACCACGCGCCGCGCCAAGUCGGCGAAUCCUCCGACGAGUCCUCCUCCGGCGACGACUCCUCGUCAUCCUCGGACUCGGAUUCCGACUCCGGCGGCGGCGUCCCGGACGAUCCGCGGGAGAGGGCGAUGGCAGCGCGGCGGAGGCAACAACAGCAGAACCACAACCACAACCACAACCACGGCCAUAACCACAAUCACAACGACCCCGCUUAUUCGGGCGGUGGCGGGAACCAGCGCAGGCGCAGGGCCAGUCCUAACGCGUACGAGCGCCAGCCGAAGCCGAAGCCCCGGCCGAGUCCGGGAGACGCACGCAAUCCGAGCGGUCGUGGAUCCCCUGGCGCCGGGAGGGGGGCGCGGUAGAAACGAAACCUGAACGGGAGCUGGGCGGAAUGGUUGGGGUACCCUAACGCUACCCUAGGAUUUAAUACGGGAUCGUGGAGGUAUUGUAUUUCCUGGAGAAAAAGA